AUGUCGUUCAGCAGCUUUUACUCGGUAGUGAACGCUAUAAAGGACAAGUCAGCAGAAGCCAUGUCAACACUAAGUUCUGACUUGCAGGACUUCAAGUCUAUUGUGCAAGAGGAUGUGGCUGAGCUCAAAAAAACCGUACGCCAUAACAUGCAGGAAGGACGGCUUAGCGUAGACCGCAGAGAAUCUGAUGAGAGCGAGGAAAUGACAGAAAAUAUGGACGAUUCUGAUCAGGUAAAGCAGGAUCAGGAUCAAGGUCAGGAUCGACGCAGCGUAGAAUCAACACAGACAUUGAUAGAGGAGAAAGGCGAAGCGGAGGAUACGCUGACGUUGCUUAAGAAUUCAUUUUUUUCUUUCGACGUCACAAACUCCUUUCACUCAGUCAGCAGCACGGUUCAAGGAUCUCUUAAUUCAAUGCAGGGAUCACUAACCUCAGUAAGCGACAAAUUACAGUCAUUAAAUGUAACCUCGAGUCUCGGCUCGCUUGAAGCCAUGGGCUCUAAACUGUUGAACUCGGCUGACGAAUACCUGGGUACGCUGGCGGGAGAUAUCCCUAACAAUGAGGUUGAAGAACUAAGUGAGAUUGAGCUCAGUGCCCAACGAUUCCGUUUGCUAGCACUGCAAGAAGACUCAGAGACAUACGUUGAUCCGCCACUUGAUCUCGAGACUUUUGAGAAGUGGAAACUCGCCAUAAAUCCUGAGGAACUCGUGGAUAUCCAGAAGCACUUGUUGGAGAAUUAUCCAGCUGUUGGGUCUAAAUUAAGAGAGCUGGUGCCGUCUGUGGUAGAUGCAGACGUGUUCUGGAUGCACUACAUAUACAAGGCCUCGCUAUUGGCAGCACAAAAGCAACGCGGUGCCGACUUGCUCCAGCAUGCUUUGAACGAUGAGGAAGAGGAAAUUGGCUGGGAUGUAGACUCCCCCAAAGCUAAAGACGAUGAAGGCAAGCCAAUCUUUCCGGAUGAUGAAUCGAAAGUUGACGAUGAGAAAACGUUAGCUAAUACUGCUACCAUGAAUGGCCCAACUUCAUCUAGCGACGGUGAGAGCUGGAUUGAGCUAGAUGAGCGGAAGGAUUCAACGUCACCGAUUGCUCCGAUACUCCUACAGGAGCCACCCACCAGUGAUUUGACGAAUUUAAAGCUGGAAGAAGGGGAUGAAGCUGCAGAAGAGGACUCUUUGGACUGGGGUGAUGAUGAUGAUAUAUCACUGCCAGAGACAAAUGAUAAUGCUAAAUCAGAGGCAAAAGACCUUGAAACAACUUCCACAACUCAUGAGGACGGUAGCAAACGUGGGGAAGACUGGGGUGAGUGGGACUAA